UUAAAACUACUACUAAAUGGACUCAUUCAAGAAAGGCUGGUUCACUGAGACAGGUGUACUAAACUCGUCCACUACUAACCUAUCCAUACGUGUCGACCAAAUAAUUCACGAACAAAAAUCCGAUUACCAGAAUAUACUGGUCUUCCAGAGCGAACUAUUUGGCCGAUGUCUUGUAUUGGACGACGCCAUCCAAUGUACCGAAAAAGACGAAUUUUCCUAUCAGGAAAUGAUAGCAUUUUUGCCGCUAAACUCCCACCGACUACCCCAACGAGUGCUGAUCAUUGGCGGCGGCGACGGCGGCGUUGUCCGCGAAGUGGUCAAACAUCCGCUGGUCGAACAGGUAGUUAUGUGCGAAAUUGAUCCGGCCGUAGUCGAUGUAUCCAAACGCUACCUGCCGUUUAUGUCCGCGGCUUUCGACGAUCCCAAACUGCGGCUACUGUUUGAAGAUGGCUACGAGUUUGUCAAGAAUCACCCGAACGAAUUCGAUGUCAUCAUUACCGACAGUUCCGAUCCGAAAGGACCGGCCGAAUGUCUAUUCCAGGAACCAUACUAUCGGGCACUGUAUCGAUCGUUGAGGACGGGCGGUAUUAUCUGCUGUCAGGCCGAAUCCUAUUGGUUUGAUUUGACAUUUAUCAAACAAUUGGUUAGGAAAUGUCGGGGUAUAUUCCAGUCGGUUAGGUACGGGUCGACUCAAGUGCCUUCCUAUCCGUCCGGUCAGAUCGGCUUUCUUGUCUGUUCGAAGGACCAGUCGGUCGAUUUUGCCGAUCCGGUCAACAAGUUUACGGCCGUCCAGUGUACUGGUAUGCAGUUGCGCUACUAUACCAGCGAAAUACAUACCAGCGCUUUCCGAUUGCCACCAUUUGUCCAAAAAGAAUUGGAUAGCGUUUAGCAAAACAAACAAACAAUUUUAUUGUUGAAUUUAUUAUUAUUAGAUGCAAUCAAUCAAUAAAAUCUAUAUAUAUUUAUAUAGAUA